UUAAAUAUUCUUGACUACCAAAAAACCAGCACACAAGAAAAACUUCCAGGGUUUAUGUUUUCGUUCAAAACUGAUAAUCCUACGCCACCAGUUUCUGAAAUCUAGAAAAAGGGUUGAUUUAAGAUCUUUAACCCUUAAAAAUAAAUAAAAAAAGUCAUUUUUUUAAUCUUGAUUACUGAAUCUUGAAAUAAUAAUCAACCCAUAUGAAAAAUCUUUAAAAAAAUCCACACUUUUCUUUCAACCCGUGUCGUCAAACUCUUUCCAUAUAAAUAUAAACACACAGCAUCCGAUUCGGUAGAAAAACACACACAAACCCCAUUCAGGAAGAUCAAUCAAUUUAAGCAAACCCAUUUGGUAAUUUGUGUGUUUGUGUUGGUAAUUAAUGGAUAAUAACAUCAGUUGUCAGAUGAAAGUUGAAACAGGGGAAGCAGGUUAUGUGCUUGAAGAUGUGCCUCACUUGACUGAUUACAUCCCUGAUCUCCCUACUUACCCGAAUCCGUUGCGUUCUAAUCCUGCGUAUUCGGUUGUGAAGCAGUACUUUGUUGAUGCGGAUGAUACCGUGCCUCAAAAGGUUGUUGUCCACAAGGACGGUCCGAGAGGGAUACAUUUUCGACGUGCUGGACCUCGCCAAAGGGUUUAUUUUGCGCCCGAUGAGGUGCAUGCUGCGAUAGUGACAUGUGGUGGUUUAUGUCCCGGGCUAAAUACAGUGAUCAGGGAAAUUGUUUGUGCACUUUAUCACAUGUAUGGCGUCACCAGAGUUCUUGGGAUUGAUGCUUUCAUACAGGGAGGGUAUAGAGGUUUUUACUCAAAAAAUACCAUCACUUUGACCCCAAAGUUUGUGAAUGAUAUCCAUAAACGCGGUGGUACGAUUAUCGGCACCUCUCGUGGGGGCCAUGAUAAACCAAAGAUAGUUGACAGUAUUCAGGAUCGCGGUAUCAACCAGGUUUAUAUAAUUGGAGGAGACGGUACUCAAAAGGGAGCAGCGGUUAUUUAUCAGGAAGUGAGAAGGCGUGGACUUAAAGCUGUAGUUGCUGGGAUUCCUAAGACAAUUGAUAAUGACAUUCCGGUCAUUGAUAAGUCAUUUGGUUUCGAUACUGCUGUGGAAGAGGCUCAACGUGCCAUCAAUGCUGCACAUGUGGAAGCUGAAAGUGCCGAGAAUGGCAUAGGGGUCGUCAAACUUAUGGGACGCUAUAGUGGAUUCAUUGCAAUGUAUGCAACUUUGGCAAGCCGAGAUGUUGAUCUAUGUUUAAUCCCGGAAUCGCCCUUUUAUCUUGAGGGAGAAGGUGGACUUUUAGAAUACGUGGAAAAACGUCUCAAGGACGAUGGGCACAUGGUUAUCGUCGUUGCAGAAGGUGCGGGCCAGGAACUUCUUGCAGCAGAAAACUCGAAAACUACAACCGCACAAGAUGCUUCCGGAAAUAAACUACUUCAAGAUGUUGGAUUGUGGCUUUCUGAUAAAAUCAAGGCUCACUUUGCUAAAAUUCCUUCCAUGCCCAUUACUCUCAAAUACAUAGAUCCAACUUACAUGAUCCGUGCGGUUCCAAGUAACGCAUCGGAUAACGUGUACUGCACUCUUCUCGCUCAAAGUUGUGUUCAUGGAGUGAUGGCGGGCUACACGGGCUUCACUAGCGGGCUUGUUAAUGGUAGACAGACUUAUAUUCCAUUUAACCGUAUCACUGAGAAGCAGAACAACGUUGUGAUAACCGAUAGGAUGUGGGCAAGGCUUCUGUCAUCCACUAAUCAACCGAGUUUUUUGGGACCAAAAGACGUUUGUGAGUUCAAGAAACAUGAACCAGACAUUUGUGAGUUCAAGAAACAAGAACCAGCAACUCAAUCGGUGGAUGGAGACAAGAGCAAGGCAAAUGACAUCUAAAUUAAGAAGAUUCACCAUUUUUAUGCAUGCACAAAAAUAAUAGCACCACAGACUACUGGGUAUUGUGGAUGCAACUCACCAUGAUUUUGCACAAUUUUCAAGAUAUUAUUACGUAUUCGUGUAAGGAUUUAUGAUUUUAAGUCUCCCAGAAACUAUGUGAAACCAGUUCUGCUGUAUUGGCAUCUUAUUAGUGCUAGCCAAGUGAGAUUAUUUUA